GAUAGGCGGUUGAGCCGUUGUUAAAAGAAGAGUUAUUGGAUUUACAACACUAUGACACUUGAAAAAUUAUUACCAAGGUGUAUCAGCGCUGCUGUCGCUGCUGACGUCGGAGAGAACCCUUCAUCCAGGGAUAAAAUUAGGUAAGCUCUGCCGGUAAAUCACUAUCCGCGGAAUCCUGCGGAUUCGGGAUCCCGUCAUUUUCCCGCUAGUUUCUAGCGUUCAAACACUUCAUAUACUUUGGGGGAACGUUUAGCAACUUGUUUCUUCAAUUUCUCUAACACCAUAGAAGCAAUGAGUCUACUGCCCAAGAACGUUUUAAGAGCCAAAGCCUUUGUUUUUGAUUUGGACGGCACACUUAUUGACACAACCCCAUUGGUCGAGCAGCAUUGGCGCGACUUUGCUUUGGAACACGAUCUUGAUGCUGAAAAGAUCUUGGCUAGCAGUCAUGGACGUCGAACAAUCGAGACGAUCGCCGCAUGGGUUCCACACAAGGCUACGCUGGAAGUCGCUGAGGAAUACGAACGAAAGCUUGCACAAAAAACAGAAGGUCUAAGUGUAUUACCCGGCGUAACUGCUCUUCUGGAGAAGAUCCCAUUGGGUCGAAUGGGAAUAUGUACUGCUGGAAACAAGUUUAUGGCAGAAACACGUCUGGGUCAGUGUGGCAUGGCCGUCCCUACUGUAAUGUCGACUGGCGAUACUGUUACACGUGGCAAGCCAGACCCUGAAGGAUAUCUUGCGGCUGCAGUGAAUUUAGGCGCUGAUCCAAAGGAUUGCAUUGUUUUUGAAGACGCACCUGCUGGUGUCCGAGCAGCUACCGCUGCUGGAAUGCAAUCUAUUGCAUGUACAACCACACAUACUGCUGAGCAGCUCAAGGAAGCCAAUGCUACAUAUGUUGUCCGUUAUUUGACUGAUGUGGAUGUUGUAACUUUGCCGGAUGGCACUUUUGAAGUUAUUGUAACCGAAGCACUAUAAAAUAAAUUCGUGUUUCUUCUUUGUUCUCCCAGUCGUAGCACGAUUGAUAAGAAAAGAAUUAGAAAAGCAGAAAAGCUUUGUUU